UUAAAAGUUGCCUUAUCUUUGCUGAUGAUAUUAACUGGUGAAAACAAAAUUUUUUAGUACAACCUAUUUCUUCUUUGUAAUAGAACUAAAUGCAACUAGUUGAACGUAGUCGUUUACGAUUGGUAGUGUGUUAUGGUUAUUCAAAAUCUAUGUUUUAUGCUGCCUUUCAAUGUUAUUAGUGACAGAAAAAUAAAUUAUCCUGAAUACUUUUUUAUUAGGGUACUGUUUGGAAUAUUCCUUAGAACAUUCUCAAAGUUAUGUCAAACUUAAAUAUCAGGAUUUACUGCAUGACAUGUUUGUGAAGGCCUAUUAAUUUUAAGAUGGAUUUUACCAAAUAUAUACACUCAGACACCUUUUGAACCCAUGAAAACAAAGCUAAAGAAGCAUAUUGUUUUAUUUAAAUCUUUGCUAUGGUUUCCUACAACAUCUUAAAGAAUUGCUAUUUAAGCUAAGCAGAUUGGAACCAAUGACACAACCAAAGCCUAAAGUUGUUGUUGCACUAUAUCCUUUUAAGGCUAUUGAAGCAGGUGAUCUAUCAUUAGAAAAAGGGGCUGAGUAUGAAAUUGUUGAUGAUUCUCAGGAACAUUGGUGGAAAGUUGUAGAUAGACAUGGAGCUGUUGGAUACAUACCCAGCAACUAUGUUAAAGAAAAAGAUCUCCUGGGUCUCCAAAACUAUGAGUGGUAUGUUGGGGACAUGUCCCGCCAGAGAGCGGAAUCUUUGCUUAAAGAAGAAGAAAAAGAGGGAUGCUUUGUUGUUCGAAAUUCUUCCACAAAAGGACUUUAUACAUUGUCAUUAUACAUGAAAACGCCUCACCCUCAUGUAAAACAUUAUCAUAUAAAACAGAAUAGUAGAGGAGACUAUUUUUUAUCAGAAAAACACUGUUGCUCAAGCAUACCUGAAUUAAUUAAUUAUCAUAGUCAUAAUAGUGGAGGGCUUGCUUCAAGACUGAAAUCACCUCCAUGUGAUAGGAUAGUGCCUCCAACAGCUGGUUUAAGUCAUGAUAAAUGGGAAAUAGAUCCUAAUGAAUUAAUGCUAUUGGAAGAACUUGGUUCUGGCCAGUUUGGAGUUGUACGUCGGGGAAAGUGGCGUGGCUGCAUUGAUACAGCUGUUAAAAUGAUGAAGGAAGGUACAAUGUCCGAAGAUGAAUUUAUCGAAGAAGCAAAAGUGAUGACAAAACUGCAGCACAGUAAUUUGGUGCAGCUGUAUGGUGUUUGCAGUAAGCAUAGACCUAUCUACAUAGUCACUGAAUACAUGAAGCAUGGAUCAUUAUUAAAUUACCUUAGGCGACAUGAAAAUACAUUAGCUGGAAAUAUUGGUCUUUUAUUGGAUAUGUGUAUUCAGGUGUGUAAUGGAAUGGCUUAUUUAGAAAGACAUAAUUAUAUUCAUAGAGAUUUAGCUGCUAGAAAUUGUCUUGUUGGAUCUGAAAAUGUUGUUAAAGUUGCUGAUUUUGGUUUAGCUAGGUAUGUUCUUGAUGACCAAUAUACCAGUUCUGGUGGUACAAAAUUUCCAUUGAAAUGGGCACCACCUGAAGUUCUAAAUUAUACAAGAUUUUCUUCAAAAUCUGAUGUCUGGGCAUAUGGUGUUUUGAUGUGGGAGAUUUUUACUUGUGGAAAAAUGCCUUAUGGAAAACUCAAAAAUACUGAAGUAGUAGAAAGAGUGCAGAGAGGAAUUUUAUUAGAAAGGCCUAAAGCUGCUCCUUCUGAAGUGUAUCAUGUCAUGAAACAAUGCUGGACCCAUGCUCCAGAAGAAAGGCCAUCUUUCAGAGUAUUAAGAGAAAAAUUAGCUCAUAUUGGACAGAUAAUACCUGAAUAAUUUUAAGAUACCAAAUGCAAUUGUUACGUUGUAAAUUUGUUUUAUGACUUGAUUUUCACAAUGAGGAAUUUAUUGCUAAAUAUUCAUGAACAUUGUUGUAUAAUUGUAAUAUAUAUAUAUCAGUAAUGAUAACAUAGAAAUACAUGUUCUAGAAUGACAUGUGCAUGUAUAUUUUAGCCACCCUUAUGUUAGAUAAAUUAUUUAUAUAUUAUGUAAUUAAUGAAGUGAUGACAUAAGUGUUCAAGUAAGAAUUAUUUAUUUAUUCUUAACAGUAUGCUGGUCAUUUUAUUUUUAAAUUUGUGUUGAUAAACAAAUUAAGUAUGUGUGGGUUAAAUGUGAGCCUUUUGAUUAAGUUGCCCUGAAAUAUUAUUGUUUUGUUUUUUUCUAUACAAAUAUUAUCUUUUACUAAUUACCAAUUUUGAGUUUGAAAUCUUUAUAUGUCACUCCAAUAUGUACCAUUUGUUUUGUUAGACUGUUAUUAAGUUUUACAAUAUAAUAAUAUUGUAAAAUAUAAUGAAAU